UUGGCCGCGUCGUUAUCGAGGAAACAGCGCAUAGCAUGCUGCGUGGGUCAACUUUUGCAUCUCUACUUGACUCCGCGAAGCCCCCUCCUUUUGUUUCCUUCAUCUGCCGACGUUGCUUUUCCGUUAAGGUUGCCAGGCGAAUGAGAUGACCUGCGGAACCGACGUUCUGCUGCUGCUGCUGCAUGGCGUUCUCCCGUCACGCGCUGUUGGUGGGCCACGCGGGCGGCCUUCGGCGCUGCGUCCUGGUCGCAGUGCUGGUCAGCGGGUUCACGCUGGUCAUUUUCCAGCUCAAUCUGACUUCCAAGCAGAGCACGGCGCUGCCGUGGAUGUCGGCCAGCCCGGACCGGAGCGGCCGUGAGAGCAGGACGGAGCGAGCCCACCGUAUCAUGGAGCGCCAGCUAUUCAGGGACAGCGAGCAAGCCGACCACCGACACGAAGACAUGUCCCUGUCGUGGUCGGGCAAGAAGUUGCCCUGGUUCUUCACCAACGGCACCGAGUGGCCUCGUCCAUCGAGCAAGCUGUCGAGGCUCCCCAACGUGUGGCCCGACCCGCAGUCGCCGCACGACGACCGCAUCGUGUCGCAGCUCAUGUACCUGCCGCCAGGAUACAAGGCGCAGCCCAAGAGCGUCAACACGACCUAUAUACCGGAUAAUCAGGGGCUCAGGCAGAUUCAUAAUGACUCGUCCAUGAAGACCAUUCUUCUGGACGGCAGCUGGUACGACUUCCUGAGUGGUCAGGCGCUGUUCCUUCGUGACCGGUGUCCCGUGGACAAGUGCCGCGUCUUCAUGGGGAGCGCCAACGGAGGCGUAGCCGCGAUGGCGGACGCCAUCAUAUUCAAGGACGGCUACAGCUUGACACCGCAGACGAGCAAAGGGAACCAGCGGUGGAUAGUGUACCUGCUCGAGAACCCCUUGCACUCGGCCGUCUCGCAGGAAUCGAGCGGCAUCGACUGGACGGCCACCUACAGGAAGGACUCGGAUAUUGUGACGCCGUACGAAAAGUUCGUGCUCUUCGACCCGCUGGUGAAGACGAUAAAGCGCGACUACGACUACGCCCAGAACAAAACCAAGAUGGUCGCCUGGUUCGUCUCCAACUGCGCGGCCGCCAACGGGCGCCUCGAGUACGCGCACAAACUAAGCAAUUACAUACAGGUGGACAUCUACGGCCAGUGCGGGCCUCUUUCGUGUCCGCGACAUGAGAGUGAGAGGUGCUACCAGAUGUUGGACAUGGAAUACUUAUUUUACCUGGCAUUCGAGAACGCCAACUGCAAGGACUACAUCACCGAGAAGUUCUUCAAUGCUCUGCGGCACAAUGUGGUCCCCGUGGUGAUGGGCGCUUCCCGUGAGGAGUACCUGGCCGCGGCUCCGUACCAUUCGUACAUCCACGUGGACGACUUCGCGUCGCCCAAGGAGCUGGCCGAGUACCUGCACCUGCUUAGCCGCAACCGGUCGCUGUACAACCAGUACUUCGAGUGGAAAGGCACCGGCGAGUUCGUCAACACGUACUUCUGGUGCCGCCUGUGCGCAAUGCUGCACGCGCCGCCAGCUCCGGCGAAGCGGCGAACGCAAAGCGUUCACGACUGGUGGCUAAAAGACGCGUGCAAGAGUGCGAACGAUGCACCCCAGACCUGACUUGCGUUCACUAUAUAUAGGUUCGAUGCGCAUUUUCACACGAUGUUUUAGAGAUUUGACUGCAGGACUGAUCCACUCGGCCCGUUUCACGACCGUCCAUUUUUGUUCUCGUGUGACUCGUUGGCGCGUGCCAUGCAAAGACUGAAACUGUACACGAAACUGCGUACAGCAGCCGUGUGCGACACGUGGAUUGCUACCUUUUCGUUGUCUCUUGUCGCAAUGUUGCAUUGUCUGUGCCUCCCGCCCCUUUACUCCUUCCUUCUUUCUUAAAGGUCGUACCAAGUCAAGCUGUGCCAGUUUGUUAUCUGCGCAGCGGAAAAAUCGGAAAAAAAAAAACAAGCUGGGCGACACAGGGAGACUGAGGAGCUCACGUGUCCGGAUAUGAUUUCUUGCUGAUGCCUGUCACUGUGUUUGCGCUCACAUUUUUUUUUUCAUUUGUUAGUCCCGCUUCCGUGCAUUUGUUACUGUUUGUUUGCUGGCUUGUUUAAUGAUUACAACUUGUUUUCGUGUUUGUUUGAGUGUCGUUUUGGGCUUUCAGAAGGAGGCUGUGACAGUAUUUCAUAAUAUCGAUGCGCGCGUAUUUGCGAAUUUCAAAUUACGCACCAAUGAAUGCACAUCACAGGCGUCGGUAAUCAUUUCUAGCUAUUUAUACACUGUUGUCCAUUUCCGAUGGGC